CAGACACAGCCCUCGGUACAAUCCGUCAGCUUGAUCGGCUCUUGGGACAACUUCACCACCUUCUACCCCAUGGAACACGACACUCGAAGAGCCAAGGGUCAGUGGAAAGGUUGCCAUAUAUUUCGAGAUAUCAUCUGCAACGACGACGACUUGUCGAAAACACGUACUGGCGGUCUCAGUAUGGGCCACACCUACUAUUACUACCCCUUGCCAGCCCAACUCAUCACUGACUCUUCAUCCUUCUCACCACCACAGUACGAAGUCGACGCAUCUACAGAGACUUUUGAUCCCGCCAUGCCUUCAACUACAGCCUGUCCUUCCCUGCCCGGUCAGAGAGUCAACAUCUUGACCAUUCCCUACCAGCAGUCUCAUCGUCAACGCAGUGCAUCUCUCAGCUCCAUGCGCAUCACCGACUACAAGUCGGUCGAUCCCUCGACCAAGUUCAUGACACCCCAGCCAGUCAACCCGCUGGAGCAAGAGAUGAACAGCCGUGUCCGCCCCAAGCAUUCGGCACCGGGACUCUUCCGAGGACACACCUCCAGCCGCUCUCAGUCUCCUGUGCCUGCCGCUUGGAGGAGACUGUUCCACAGCCGCGAGCGCGGGCGUUCUCGCGAUCGCCACGACGACCCCAAGGCUACGCCCCCCACCUCGCACGCCGGCGGCUCCGACUACGAGGAAUCGAUGCGCGGCGACGCCUCAUCAAGAGCCAGCAGCCGCUCCAUGUCUCCUGAAUCUCUCCGCCGCUUCCUAUCCGACGACAUGCCCGAGCCGCCUCGCUGCGGCUCGAGCCGCGGUGAGCAGUCCACGCUCGUCAUCCCCGAUGACAUCGCCGAGGAGCCCGAGGAUGACUCCAACUUUGCCACGUCGGCCGUGUCCGAGGUCAACCCUUACACCACGGGACUGUCGGCGCCUCCCCGCAUGCAGCGCCCAGCACCGUCGACAUCGUCCCCGUCGGCACCUGGAGCACCGCACUCGUUGUCGGGUACCGCCCCGCUCACGGCCAAGAACCUGAGCUCCCUGGUCCAGGAAACGUCGUCGCAGCGCUCCUCCAAGUCCCGCACGAGCAAGGACCACCGCCACGCCCACCGUCAGGCCCAGGCUGGCCUGUACACGGCCGAGGAGAUUGCCAUGGCCAACGUGCCCGUGUUGGAACCGGCUCCUCGGACGACCAAGUCUGCUACAUCGAGCGCCAUGGCUUCCCCUCUGUCUAGCCCCACCCCAGACGUGGACGACGAGGUUGACGGUGGCGAGCCCCUUACCUUUUUCGACGACGCCUCCACCGUCUCCCGCAAGAAUUCGGACGCCUUCCUUGCUCCAGACUCGCCCGCCCUGUUCGACCCCCACAAUCCGACGCUGCUGCACUCUGCCUGCCCUACGCCCCGCUUCACGGGCUUCGCGGGAUACAGCAAGCAGCAGUAUCAGCAUGACGAUGACGAAGAGGGAAUCCGCGCCCGCCGAGCUGCCGGCAUGCGGCCCCGUCCCACGUUUGGCAUCUCCAACGACGACAACAACUACACUCAGACGCUGCCGCAGCUGCUGGCCGCCAGGGAGGCCCAGUUCCUCCCUGCUCCCGACGCUACCGGUGUUGACGAUUUCGCCGAUGAGCUGGGCUGGAUGGUUGACACUAUUGCCGCAAAGGCCAACUGA